UAUAAAAUUCCAGAAAGAAGUCAGAAAAGGAAAGCAUUUUUGAGUUCAACAUUGAAAAUGAGGAAUCAAAUACUUUCCAAGAUGUUUUUCUUUAUACUUUUACUGUUGUUAAAUUGUUCAAUCAUCAACUGCACAUCCUUGGUGGGAUCAAGAGCUACAGGUCACAGUAAUACCAAUAGGAUCAUUCGUGCAUCUUUAACGGACAAGGAUACUGGUCGUGUUUGGCAAAUGCAAGAAUGGGUUUACUCAGGAAGUCCAAGGGCUGGAAGAAUCGAAAUAAAAUCAGAUGAAAAUGAAGCCAAUGUCUUCUAUUCGUACACAAACUCAAUGGAUAACAAGAAACGUCUCGUUAUUCAUGACAAUGAAUGCGACCUUUACAAUUAUGAUCUCAAAUGGGACAACUUAUUGCCUGGUGUAAAUAAACCUUUAACUAAUCUUAUCCUGCUUUUGGGUCCAUCGGUCUUGGAUCGUUUUAGUGGCUUCGAUUGGGCAAAUGGUAACGAUGAGACUAUCCGAGGUUUAUCUAUGCACAGCGUCUCAACCGAUUUGGAGAGUAAACUCAACAUAACUUUAUUUUAUGAAAAUAAUCUUAACCAAAUGAAUGGCAUUCAGCAGCCAAGUCAGAUUGUAUUCACUGGUCACAAUCCCGAUACUUUAGUUGAAGGAGAAGGCGAGACUCUGAUCUUAGACAUUUAUUUACAAUCACAAACUGAACAAGAAUUGGAUAAACUAGUUCAGGUUACACCUGGAUUUGGUUGCCCAGUAUACCUAAAUGGAGAUGUUGCCUUCCCUGAACUCAAUUCCGUCAAAAUUCAUUUCAUAGCUGCUGAAAUAAAUGAAUAUGGUACAAAAGUUAUAAAAGAGUAUCAUGCAGAUGAAUCCUAUCAGGCUUUGCGACAAGCUCAAUUAUCUAAGUUUGAUGACGAAAAGCUCAUCGAUUAUUCACUUGGUGCUGUUUAUCUUAUAACACAUUAUGGGGGUUGCUUCACAUCAUCUAUUAAGUCAAGUGAACCUGGUAUUGAUGAAAAAGGUUCAUUUUCAAUAGCAAGACUACUCUGGCUACCAAAGACAUUGAAAUAUCUUGGAGAGAUAAUAUUUGAGCAUAGAUCAGGUUAUAAUGUUCACGUUUGGGAAUCCACUGAGACCAAUCGAGAAGUAAAUGGCGAAACAUAUGAUAAAGUGGUGACAAUACAGUAUUUGAGUUCAUCUUACCAAAAUGAUAUGUUCAAAGGCUACAGUCCUGUUGCAGCUUCAAUGAAAUUGUACAGAAAAAAUGAAAAGGGUUCAUAUUAUUUAGCAUAUACAGUUCAUCGAGAUUAUUAUGAUUCCAAUAGUGAUUUACCUGAGUCUGAAUACCGCGCAGCCCUGCAAGCGAUUGAUUGCUCCCAAUCCCUAGGAAAAAGAUUGAAUUUAAAGUUUCAUUUAACAUGCAAAGAUUCUGAUGGAUGCAUUCAAAAGUCGCAAAACGCGGUUUAUGAAAUGAGAGAACUUUUUCGAUCAAGUUUACUUGGACAGUUAGGAAUAUCAUCCAUUCGAGUCGUCGAUAUCGAUUUUAAGUUUCAGAAAGAAGUGAUUGAAGCUGACGUUGCUUUUCUCGAAGCCCCGCAAAUCUCUGAGGUUUUACCAUAUGUGGUUAAAUACACGAGACCACAGUCCAUCAGCAAAUUACGCGAGACUGUUGCUGGUAGCGCUGAGAAGUGUCUUCAAUAUCAUUCAUCAUUCGCUUCUUCUGGGGCAUUUGAUAUUCAAAGUGCUAUAAUCUAUUGUCAGGAGGGAAAUAUUUGUUUCACUACCAAGAACACGACAGAGAUGAACCCAAAUAGCAAGGAAACUUCCUGUUAUAUAUACACCGAUCCAUUUAAAAAACUGAAUAGAUUAGGUCGAGAAAAGCCUUUAUCCGAUUUACACGAUCAUAUACUUGGUUACUUUGGACACAUAACAUUCAAUAUGAAUCUUGAUGAAAAAGCCAAAGCAGUUGCUUUCCAAGUAACCGAUGUCAUUGCUCGAAACGAAGGGGCUAAAGAUCAGAAAAUACCAUUCGAUAUUUUGUAUCAUGACAAUCAAUUCGAUGAAAUAGAUGGUAUUCAUACUGUCAUGGUUCCCGGAGUCAAUCGUUUUGGUGAUUGUUAUCGUGCCUGUUCUCAGAAUGAAGAUAUACCUUGUGAAACAUUUUCAUUUUGCAACGGAAAAGAUAAAAAGGAAUGUGUUGUAUCGAUUUGGUCGGGAUCGCAGAUAAAAAAUAAUCUGACAAGUUAUUCAGAUUGUGAAAUUUAUUCUAAGAAACAUUUGUACGACUAUAAUGUUCGACCUAAUUUGAAAUACAAGCAUCCAACUACAGUGUUUGCGGACACGCGUGAAGAUGAUUGUGCUGCGAAAUGCUAUGCUUCCAACGAUUGUGAUUCAUUUGAAUAUUGUUGGGGUGGAAAGUGUUCUUUUGGUGAUAAUGUGACCUCAGAAGAUACAGAAUUUUAUUAUGGCUGUUUUAUUUAUACUAUCAAAAGCUCUGAAAAAUACAAAGUAACUGGAACGAAGCUUGUGAGUCAAGUUUUGUACACAGAAGUUGAAUUAGAUUUGGAUCAAUGUGCUACUCUUUGUGAUGAUGAUCAAUCAUGUAAAUCAUUCAACUUCUGUCCUAAAGGGAAAGCACCCGCUCAAUGUCAAAUAACUUCAUAUUCAAUAAAAGAUCCCAAGACACAAUCAGUUGAUUCAUCCAUUUGUCAUAACUUUGAAUUACCCGUCAAAUCAAAAGCAGAUGCACUUUCUGAUAAUAUUCAGAAAAGCAAAAUUUCUGGAUUCAGUGGUGGAGGAGUUUUUGGUAUAAUUAUGUUGUUCUUAUUUAGCGGCCUUUUUGCUGGUUUUAUCUGCCCUUAUGUGUACACUAAAGUAAAAUCAAGAGAUGUGAAUAAAUCAAAAGUUGAUUUCGGAUGGUCGAAGCAUGAAGAUGAUGAUGAAAAUCAAACACAAAUUUAA